UAAGAAAAAUUCUACGCAAAGCAUUAAACCUUACACUAUUCUUUCCCUUAUCACCCAAUUCCUUCCCUUCAUUAAUACCAGAAUCUGAGCGACGUCAGCUGUAGCCAUGGCCGAAUCAUUGCCUCCGCCAUAUCAUCUCUACGACAAUGCAACAUAUGAAUUUUGCUUAGUUUUACCUCCCAAGGUGAAUUCCGCCGGUAUAUGGGAAAAUGCGACUAACCCGUCCAUGAUUUUCAGUUAUUCGUUGCCGUUUUUGGAGCUGCAGGUCGUCAUGAUAUUCUUGGUUAAUCAUCUAGUUUAUACCAUCCUGAGGCCUAUUGGUAUCACCUUAUUUGCCUCGCAAAUGUUUGCCGGCUUUAUCAUGGUCCCUAUAAUAAAACAAGGACAUAUCGAGAAAAUAUUCCACUAUCAGGAGUUAGGUAUACAAAUCAUGGACACUGCAUCGUUGUUCGGUUUCACAUUAUUUUUCUUCCUAACAGGAGUGAAAAUGGACAUCAAGUCAGCAUUCAGGACAACAAAGAGAUCCCUAGGGAUCGGCAUCGUAUCGCUUUUAUCUCCCAUCUUGGUCGGUGCAGCUAUUCAAGCAACCUUCAGACAACCUAAUGAACCCCAACAAGUAAAAAUGGAACGUCUAAUCGGAACACUGAUCGAAGCGUUAACAUCAUUUUCGGUCAUCGCUUGCCUACUAGCCGAGCUCAAAAUCUUAAAUACCGAACUCGGACGACUUGCCCUAUCGUCGGCUGCUGUAGGUGACUUGAGCACCUUGUUUUUAGUCCGCAUAAUUACGUUGUCACGACAUUUUAUCUCAUCCCCAUUGUUGGUUUUAGUACGAGGAGUGAUCACGUGUUGUUUCCUAGCACUCCUUUUCUUUGUGUUUCGUCCAUUGAUGUAUUGGGUAAUUAAAAGAACACCCAAUGGGGGUCCGGUCGCGGAAGUGUACAUCACGGCCACCAUGAUGGCUGCUGUAGGGUGUGCUGUAGUUACACAUUGGACCGAUCGAUCUCCUUUAAUCGGUGCUUUUCUCUUCGGCCUAGCGGUCCCUGACGGUCCGCCACUAGGGUCGGCAUUGAUAGACAAGUUUGAAUGCUUUACCAAUGGGCUCUUUCUUUCGGUCUACGUGACAUCAUCGACAAUGAGGAUUAGAUUACAGAAAUGGGACGCCUUGGCUUUUGGUCUCAUUAUGAGUAGCAAAGGCAUUGUCCAGUUGUCGCAUAUUUGUACUUUCAGAGACAAUAAGAUUAUAUCACAAAAAGCUUUUACCACCAUGAUCUUUUGCAUUUUGGCAAAUGCAACUAUAGUCCCACUCCUGGUGAGGUUCCUUUAUGACCCAAAUUCAAGAAAAUAUGCAUCAUAUGAGCAACGAAACUUAAUGCACUUAAAACCCGAUGUUGAGCUAAAGGUUCUUGUAUGUGUUCACACACUCGAUAAUGUCCCAGCUAUGAUUUAUUUGCUUGAUCUCACUUGCCCUACGAAAGAGAGUCCCAACGUUGUUUAUGUCCUUCACUUGAUCGAGUUAAAGGGUCGUAAUUCACCAGUGUUUAUAGCUCACCACAAUCAAGAAACUAGCACCGCCGCCAGCAGUUUCUUCGAGAACAUCAUUCCAUUCUAUGAGUACGAGGGGAACAAUUCAGAUUUGGUCACAGUUAACAGUUUCACGACAAUUACACCACCAAAGUUCAUGCAUGAUGAUAUUUGCACAAUGGCUCUCGACAAGCAAACGUCUUUUAUAAUUCUUCCGUUCCAUAGGAAAUGGUCGAUUGAUGGAUCACUUGAAGAAGAAAAUAAUGUGGUAAGGAACUUAAAUUGCAACAUCUUGGACCAAGCACCAUGUUCAAUCGGAAUCCUGAUCGACCGUGGUAGGAUACAGAAAUCGAUGAAGCCGUCAUCAUCAUUGUCUUUCUCAACCGGGAUGCUCUUCUUGGGCGGAAAAGAUGAUAGAGAAGCUUUAACACUGGCGAAAAGGAUGGCUCGAGACCCUCGAGUGAAGCUAACCGUGAUCUAUCUCAUUGCAUAUCAAGAUUGCAAUAAUGUUGUAUACUGGGACGCGGAGUUGGAUACCGAGAUGUUGAAAGAUGUUAAGGAAAAUAGUGGAAAAAAUGGUUGUGACAUAAUGUAUGUAGAAGAAGUGUCGAAUUGCGGAGCGCAGACCAUAAAGCUCAUUAGGUCAAUCGCCAACGAUUAUGAUUUAAUGAUCGUCGGUAGACGCUAUAAGGUGGACUCGAUACUAUUGACGGGUUUAUCAGAAUGGAGUGAAUUCCCUGAACUAGGGAUUAUUGGAGACCUUUUUGCAUCUACGGAUUUAGAUAGUAGGGUAUCUAUAUUAGUUGUGCAACAACAACAACGUAUAAAUAUAAAUAGACAUUGAUUACUUGGUUGCUAUUAGCACUGUUGCUAAUAGAAGUCAUAUUCUAAUAUCGUUAAAGUCACGACGAUUUCAUCUUAUUAAAAUGCAUUUGCAACUUUUUUUAAUUAAGUA